AUGCUGGCAUCAGAAUUACCUUUCGAGAUCACACUUCUUGUUGCAAACUUUCUUCAACCCAGAGAUAAAGUCCAGUCCUGUCUUGUGUGCAAGGCCUGGCUUCCGGCUUUUCAAGAGUCUCUUUUUGAAACUCUCUUUAUCCAAAGUGAAGCCAGUGCCAACAAGUUAAUGGAUUCAAUCAAUUCAUCAAUCAGCCCUCUUCAAAGGUAUGGUCACAAGACUCGAACGCUCAAUAUCGGUAAAAACACUUCCCUGGGUGAUCAGCAACUUUAUACCCUCCAGCAGCAUCUUCCAUACCUAGAAAAUUUCAGAUGGUAUAGUGCAAGUGUUAAGCUACUUCGGUCUAUUGAUUUUGGCGGGUGGAAUUUGUGGGCCGAAUCUCUCACAAAUCUCGAAAUAACCGUAAAAUUCUGUAUUCACACUGAACUGCCAAGGACCUUUACUUUAAUACGAUCGAAUCUAUGUCGGCUGAAACGACUAAAAUUCUAUACAGCCUAUACAACAUUAUUUACAUACACAUUUGAUGAUUUUGAGCUCCUCAAUGAUCAACUCCCCGAAUUGACGUACAUGUCACUUAGUGCUCAAUUUAAGGAAAUGAGUCCAGCCGAGUUAUUAAAAGUUAACAAAGUUGAGCCAAGACCCUAUUUUAAAACCUUGGAAAUAGUUAUCAAAAACACUACCUAUGAAUGGUUAUAUUACAUCGCAAUCAAGUAUCCAAACAUCAGUACACUUCCACGCUUUGAUUUUUCCCGGUCUAUAGCUGAUAUGCAGACCUCUCAAGCUCCAAAAAUGUUUGCCGAACUUCUAUAUCCUUUUCAACACCUGGCGAACAUUUCGGUCCAUGCCAAUACUCCAUCAGAGCAGAUUUAUCUUAAUUUCAUAAAUCAACUUUGUCUUUUCAAUGUCCCUAUCAAAGCAAUUGAUCUUAAUAUACAUGAUUCCUCAAGCAACAACAUAUCGUCAAACAAUAUCCUAGAAUCGACAAAAAUAUUUGCGAAUACGUUGGAGAAAAUCAAAAUUAUAUACCUUCAAGAAGAUAUACUGCACUUGAGCUUUUCUGAAAAGCUUGAAUAUUAUCCUCGCCUGGUUGAUCUCAAUAUCUACAUCAGUAAUGCUACAGUCAUGUUGGAUAUUCUCCUAGAAAAAUGUCCGGCAUUAAAGACCUUAACCAUUACUGACGGGUUCCUUACUUUUCGGUCAGAUUUUCCUCUCUUUUCAAUGGAGUAUGGGCUGUCUGAUUUAUCACUCAGCUUUAUGUCUAUUUCCGCUAGCACACUCAAUAAUAUAUCCAUAUCCUGCAAGAAUCUUAGCAGCAUGCAUCUCGAAUUUGUAGAUAUAACAGGACCACGACAGAAACAUGCUGUGGAAAAUUGUAUCGAUAUGUCAUCGACCCACUUUACAAAACUUUAUAUUGAAAGUACUCAAUUUAUUAACACACUUGACCAAGAUAGAAUUAGCACCUUUGCUUUUUCUGCAUCAUUGUCUUACAAUAUUGAAACAAGAACAUUAACCUUAAAGGAAAACAAAAAUGAUGUAUAUCUUGUUCAGAUUCCUACAGAGAACAUAUGGGUAUAUUCUUCACCCAGUAAUUCGAUAAAUCAUAGACAAUUGCAAUCAACAACAUUAAAGCUAAAUGAAGAAGACUCAAAGGAGGUCGAGGAAUAUUUCCGUAAAUAUCCCGGGAUGGUUCGUGCAGAAUAUACUAAAGACCAGCUUCGCGAAACUAUAAAGGAUUUGUCAAUAGGCAGAUGGGCAAGUCAACUUUAUAAUGGCUAUGUUAGGUUUAAAUACGGCUCUGCAAGAAACUUGUGCUUGAGACAACCCUCAAAUAAUAAAUAA